CAUGGUCGCGCAUGCGCAGAGUGGCGGCGCCACCAGCCGUCCACUGCCUGAGCUCAGCUGACAGCAGCGUCCAGGUGAUCAUGGCAGACUCUGGAAGUAGUGAGGAAGUGGCCGUAAUCGGUAACACCGAUAUCACUUCAACGGAAUCAGAGAACAACCUUAUAAACACGAUGGUGGAAAGAGGGUCAGCCCUGCUGAGGAAAAUGGAGAUAAGUGUGGCGGAGGCAGAGAAGAGAACAGGGAAGAACACUGUUAACAUGCAGGAAACGUACACUGUCUACCUCAUAGAAGUACGGCCAGCUGAAACUGUCCCAGAUGGAGGUACGCCAGCUGCACCUGACACUUUGUGGAGACGCUACAGUGAGUUUGAGCUGCUCAGAACGUACCUCCUGGUUACAUAUCCCUACGUCAUCGUCCCACCGCUGCCAGAGAAGAGAGCUGAGUUCGUGUGGCACAAGCUUUCAGCAGACAACCUCGACCCAGACUUCGUUGAGCGGCGGAGAGUCGGCCUGGAAAACUUUCUGUUGCGCGUUGCAUCACAUCCUGUCCUUUCCAACGACGAAAUCUUCUUCCUCUUUCUCACGGAGGAGAAGGGGUGGAGGGAGGCAGUUUUGGAGACGGGUUUCCAGGACAAGGUUGACUCCAGACUUAAGUCUUUGAAUGCCACAUUCAGAGUCAAGAAUCCAGACAAGCGAUUCACAGCUCUGAAACAGUACAGCGAUGAACUGAACACUGUCAUCUCUCAGCUGCUCAGAGUGCGAGCGCGAGUCGCAGACAGACUGUAUGGAGUUUACAAGGUCCAUGGUAACUACGGCAGAGUUUUCAGUGAGUGGAGUGCUAUUGAAAAAGAGAUGGGAGAUGGACUGCAGAGUGCUGGACAUCACAUGGACACAUACGCAGCAUCAAUAGACGACAUUCUGGAGGAAGAAGAGCACUAUGCAGACCAGCUGAAAGAAUACCUCUACUACACUGAUGCUGUCAGGUCCGUGUGUAAGAAACACGAGUUGAUGCAGUAUGAGCUGGAGAUGGCAUGUCAGGACCUCGCUUACAAGAAACAACAGAAGGAGGAGCUGGUGUCUGGGACAGUGCGGGUAUUUUCGCUGAAAGGAAUGACCAGUAAGUUAUUUGGCCAAGAGAGCCCGGAGCAGAGGGAGAGCAGGUUAGCAGCUCUGGACGAGAACAUCCAGGAGGGAGAGGAAGCGGUCUUGGCGAAGAACAGCGAGUGCAAAGAGUUUGUGCGAACGGCGUGGGGCGACAUCGAGCGUUUCAAGGAGCAGAAGGACCGAGAUCUGCGUGAAGCGCUAAUCAGUUUUGCCAUUAUGCAGAUCGGCAUGUGCAAGAAGGGAAUCCAGGUGUGGUCCAACGCCAAGGAGUGUUUCAACAAAAUGUGAGCCGCUUCCAAAUCCAUUCACGCUCUCCACCAAAACGGUCAUCGCUCAAACUGUACAGACUGGGACCAGCAGCCAUUAGUUAUACUGCAGUUUCUGAAUGGGAGCCCAAAUACUGCCAAACCCUUUUUCACGUUCACUCUGACGCGCCACCAAUUUAUUUAGAAAAAGUGUGCAUCAUUAAGGUGAUAAGUUCCUUUUAAAUUCUUAACAGUGUCCCAUUUCUGACAUUUCGCUGACAGCCCAAAGUCCCUAUGCCCGUCCCUAAUUUCACAGUUAACAGCAUUUUCUUUCCCCUCUCUGCUCUCAGCCUGACAAACACAAGCAGAGUUCUACUUAAGAUUCAGUCACAAGAAGGUGCUUUUAGCCUUCAGCCAGUGGUCCAUGUGACUCGUUUUAGAGUUGCCAGCUUUGGAGACAUUGAAACAAACUGGUACGGUGUAUGUUUCCAUAUUUUAGUUUUGAAUGUUCUCUGUAUGUGUGUAUAUAAAAAAACAAAAAAAACAACACCAUACUUGCAUUAUACAUUAUCGCUGACCAGUGUCGUGCAUGUUUAUAUAUUUGAGCUAAUUGGUCACUGGUUGAAAUUUGAAAUCUUCCAGAGCAUCAUCAUCUAUCAGAUAAAUAUGAAGGAUUUCGUACUUUCUUCAGAGUCUGUGCCUCUGCUAAUAAAUGCAGCCUUUGAAAAACGACACAUUCAGAUCUCCUGAAGAUAAAAUGCUGUCAGUCUGACUGAACGGCAAAGGGAACGCGGACCUCACUUCAGAAUGCCACUACACUUUCACAUUUCCUGUUCUCUGCGCUCGUGAAGCCAUUUCAUAUCCACUGCACUGAAUUUAGUUUUUGUUAUUAUUGACGGAUAGCCCGACCAAAGUGCAGAUUAUAGGUGGAGAACUCAGAAGAUGGGUAGUUAGACUAUUUAGAGACUUUUUUGUGGUUUUGUGCCAAAAAAAAAAAAGCACAAGUGCCUUCUUGAUCUACCAAGUGCAUCUGUAAAUGUUGAAAGCAGCACACGAACAGCUCCAUGACCAAGCAUUUUCUUUGAUGUCAAGCUUUAUAUUCUCAUCCCAAUCAUUGGUUGUGACCAAAAACUUACUGACCUUUAUCUGUGCUCUGUUAAUGUGCCUUACCCUUUUAUGUAUGUUAAACUAAUUCCCUGAAGUCAGACUUGUGCAAAGUAUUGAUUAGAAUGUGGAAAUCGUUAUGAUAAACAAUACUCAUGCUACUUUUGCUUCUUUUAUGGUAUCACUCUAAAAAAACAGAACAAUUCACACCGAAUGGAUCUGACAUCUGAAUAUGGUGCUAAGAUCAGCAAAUCCUUUUUUUUUCCAGAAUAAAACACAAUAAAACACAAUUGCUUUGUUUUAUAUUAAGUGUGUCAAAUGUAAUCUUUGUGCUAAGACACUAAUAAACCUAUUUCUUUUGUAAGCA